UUAGUACUGCAUUGGUGUUAUUGUGUACCAGAUUAAUGCCAGUACCAAUUAAUCUGAGGAGUUAUACACUCUCACUGCAGAGGGGAUGAAUGACCUAUAGUAGUGUUCUGUUUUAUAUCUGGGAUGUCUCAAUCUGCCUCUGAAGGAGCUAUCCAUGGUCUCCAGAGUGGAGUGUAAUGGGUGGGAGGGAUUUUCCAAGAUGGAGGUCAUCUUCACCACCAUCCUCCUCUCACACAUCUCAACUGUAUCCAGUGGGCAACCCAGAACCAAGUUAGCUGUGUGCACUAGCUUGUUCAGUCUCUUCCUGUCUCAGUCAGAGCUGCAUGCACCCCAACAGAUCACAGCAGAGUGGAUAACAACAACAGCAGAGUGAUAGAAGGAUUUUAGCAGAUGGAAAUUAACUCCGAAGGACCUCAGCCUCCUCAGGAGGUGGAGGCGGCUCUGGCCCUUCUUAUAGAACAUCUGUGUUGUUGGACCAGUUCAGUUUACUGUUGAGGUGAACUCCCAGGUAUUUAAAGGUAUCCACCACCUCAGUUUUAUUUGGUCCUGAUAUUGAAACCCAAGUCCUCUGCCUACCCUUGUUUAAUAGCCAAUCUACAGAACAAGCUAGGUUUUUAACACAAACACAGUCGUGGAACACUCACCCCUCCCCUUGGGUAUCUUCCCUGAGACGUUUCUGAAUCAGAAUCAGAAUCAGAAGGGUUUUAUUGCCAUAUAUGUGAGAAAUCACAACAUUAGGACAUUGCAACGGUACCUAGGAUUGACUCAAGCCUCAAGGGCAACCUGUUGGCUUGAUUAUCACCUGUGAGUUGCUUUGGACAAAAGCGUCUGCUAAAUACAUAAACUUAAACAUACUUGGUGCAAAUGAACAAUGAGUGAAAAAAAUGACAAAUAAGAAAUAAGCCCAAUAAAAUAAUAAUAGUAUAGGGAGGCAAUAAUUUGUCAGUGUAGGUGCUGAUCAGUUCAGAUGCAAACACAACGCUAGGGUCAGGUGAGUGAAACAAAGUGACUGGAGUGGGCAGCUCUACGACUGUUUUUCAUGAGUCCAACUGCAGAGGGGAAGAAACUUGUUCUUGUGGCGAGAGGUUCUGGUCUGAAUGGAUCUGAACCUCCUGCAAGAUGGGAGCGAGUCGAGGAGACUGCUGGAACUGUUCUGACUAAACCAGACAUCCACAGUUCAAGGGGAGAUAGCGCCAAACACCAGUUGCUGUUUUCUAGGUCCAAACGUCUCUUGUUGUCCAUGACGUCAAAUCGUGUUUUUUCUUUUUGGGUCUCUGGGAGUUUGUCUUAAAGCUGAAGUAGUCGCAGCCGGCUGUUUCCCUUUCUCUGGUUUUAUUGAGCGGAGAACCUCUCACACCAGUGGUGUUCUGUUGCUAAAUACGCGAGUGAGUAAUGAUGUAAUCUCCACAGUAUAGCUAUGUUAGAACAUUGAUAAGAGACAUGAAAAAAAUGCUUUAAGCUAAUUUGUUUUCCAAAUUUGCCAUUGCAGCUUUAAGUCGUUGUUGUUCUAGCUCUUUAAUAGGAUAAGUACCUUCCUCAAACACCUGCUGCAUCACGUCUAAUGCAGUUGUCAUUUGUCAGAUCGAAAAAGGAAAGGUGGAAAGUGCUGAAUUGUUGUUGCUAUUGUGUUUUAAACAGAAGUAAUUAUUUUUGACUAAGUAGCCCAUAUACAAAGAAACAGUGUCUAAUAUUACAUCUCUUUUUUGAGAUGAGGUGACAUGUUUUGGCUGAAAGUGACUGAAUUUUUAUCAGCUUGAAAACCAACAAAAAUGUCUCGGGCGAAAAGAAGAUUUUGAAAUAUUCUAAAGUAAUAUUUUAAUUCCAUUCCUUCAACAUCAUUCUAAUUCCACUCUCAGAUGAUGUGAUCAUAACUAGCCAAAGCGAGGAAAUAAAUUAAUAAAUUGGUAAAAUGUACAAAAACUACGCAGCCAAGCCGCAUCACAUUAUUCUGCAGAUGCUAAAUUUAUCUGGUUUAAAAGCUUUCAGUAUUUUAAUGAAGUCAUAAGACUAUUUAGAUGAAUGCAUGUUGCUGUUUUGUGUAUUUAUAAUGCAAUACCUUUUAACGAUGAUUAUGUUUAUGAGACACUGCUAUUUUGCCUCUCAGUGGAUGUGUUGACGUCUGUGAGAGCAUGCAUUUCUUGCUCUAUAAAUGUCGUGAACAGUUUUCAUAGACAUGUUUACAUUUUGCAUGAUGGUCUGACCUUUGCAGACAUUAUUAAUGUAUUCUUAUGAUGACUGACAGGAUCAGCUCUGCUCCAAUGGAGGGAAAUCACAGUAGCACAUCUGGAAGCCUGCAGCCACCACAAGACAACGGCCACGUUUAUGAGGUGGCCGUGCAGAGCAACUCCACCAACCGCAGCUCCCAGUUUGCAGAUGUGGCCUUGCUGCAGACCUUCAAACCUCUCAUCAUCCCUUGCUACGUGCUGGUGGUGGCAGUGGGCGUCAUCGGGAACUACCUACUCCUUUAUGUCAUCUGCAGAACUCGGAAGAUGCAUAACGUCACCAACUUCUUCAUCGGGAACCUGGCCUUCUCAGACAUGCUCAUGUGUGUGACGUGUGUCCCCUUUACUCUCGCCUACGCCUUCAACCCACAUGGUUGGAUUUUCGGCCGCUCCAUGUGUUACCUGGUGUUCCUCAUCCAACCUGUCACAGUGUACGUCUCCGUCUUCACACUCACCGCUAUAGCUGUGGACAGAUAUUACGCAACAGUUCACCCUCUUAAGAAGCGGACCUCCGUAGCGACCUGUGCGUAUGUCCUGACUGGAAUCUGGCUGCUGUCUUGCUGUCUUGUGGCUCCAGCUGUGACUCACACCUACCAUGUCGAGUUCAAAGAGGAAGGUUUCACCAUCUGUGAAGAGUUCUGGUUGGGUCAGGAGAAGGAAAGACGAGCUUAUGCAUACAGCACAUUGUUGGUCACCUACGUCCUCCCAUUGUCGGCUGUCUUUGUUUCUUACCUCUGCAUCACUGUCAAACUGAAGAAAUGUGUCGCCCCUGGCAACAGGACACAAGACCAGGCAGGAGUUCAUCAGGCUCGUAAGAAGAAGAUCUUUCGCCUGGUUGCACUUCUGGUGUCAGCCUUUGCAGUCUGUUGGCUUCCUAUUCAUGUGUUCAACGUGCUCAGAGACAUUGACAUAAACCUGAUAAACAAGCGCUAUUUCUUACUCAUCCAGCUGCUGUGCCACCUGUGUGCCAUGAGCUCUUCCUGUUGCAACCCUUUCCUCUAUGCAUGGCUACACGACCGCUUCCGCUCUGAGCUGAGGAAAAUGCUGAAGUGCCACCACCGCAUCGGAGUCCCUGCGAGUCAUUGUGCUGCAGGUGUGGUUUUAUAAAUACCUGCUUGUUACCUCUGCUGCUAAAUCAGUGCACCUUGCUUGUUCGUAUUUCCUGUAGAUGGUGGUGUGAACUAAAGCUGCCCAUUCAGUCAUCAGUUAUACUGCAUAGAAAAUAAAACUGGAGUGGUCUGACGAUGAGCCCGUUCUGCUGUGAUGACCAUGCAGGAACUAACCUACGUUUUGACAGGAUUUUAAACCAAACGACAUGUGGCAUUCAGAGGAGGAAGGAAGUUGGCCAUGACUUUUCCUUUAAAAACGUCUCUGCUGCUUUCACUGAUGUUUUAUCAGAAUGAACUCUGUUUGAAUUCCUCCCACUGUCUCAGAUGUCUCAGGUUCUACAGGGUCUCAACUGUCUCUGUAAACAAUCCAAAUGUAUUUUAAAAAAGUCCAUCUGUCUUCUGUCAGGUUUAAGUUUAAAGGGACUUUACAGAGUUUUGAAUUUUUAUGCUCGCGAUUGCCUCCUCAGGCCAAAAGUGCGACGGCAGCUUCAAUAGUGGGCUCGUGCACGAGGCGCGCAUGCUGUACGUGCACACUCCUUAACGAAAAUACAGCUGAGACAGUCCCGUGUGUGUGUGUAUGUGUGGCCUGGAGGACAGGAGAACGCGCAGCUAAUUAAUUAAAUAAUAUGGUUCUGUUACUUUCCCUUCAGCACCAUAUGUCGAUGUUCAGCACAGCCGACAAAGGUUUAAGAUGGGUCAGUCCAUCAGCUUCACAGAUCAUUCCCUUCCCUUGCUUGAAAAAUUGUUCCAAAAUGAAAGUUGAACCCACAUCUUUUUCAUCUGUGAAUUCAAUGCCGUUCGGCAAGUCUCAAAUAAAAUUUUGGGCAUCUUACUGUAAAAAAAUAUACCAUUAAUGUAAAAAAUAAACUCUACAUAAAUUACGUUCACAUCAAGAAUCAAACCCAGAUCUUCUGCACAAGAGUCCGACAUCUAACUAGGUGAGCUACAGCACCAGUAAUGUCUUUUGCAUCUGUAACUUUUAUAUGCUACAUAACAGCUGAAACAACGUUCAAAGAACGGUUUGGAGCGAAAAGGGCUAUUUUGUUGCUAAUUUGCAGGAAAUAUCUAGAAGAAAGUAGCUGUCCUCAGAAAUGUAGCUAGGUUCAUCACUAGGAGUUAGGAACAGCGACAAAGUCGCUGAGUUGGCACUACCUCUCUCUCUGCUGCUAAAGCUACUGAUAGCAAAUGCUACGGGCUGUGCCUGAGCGUGAACGCGCAUGAAGCAGCCUACUCGACCCGAGCAUCUCUCUUUUUCUGUGAUUUUACAGAAAAACAGGCAAUCACAGUAAAAAUGCCAGGGCUCAUUCUCCAGGACCAGGGCAUUGCAGGAGAAUGUAUGAAGAAGAAAUUUAUUAUUUCUAUACAUGUUUUGGCUGUCAAACUUCCAUAAUGCCCCUUUAAGGAAUAAUUUGUCUAAAAUAAGCUGUUUCAAAAGUCCCUUAUUCUUAUGUCACAAAUGGGAACUCCUUCUCUUACCUAUAGGCUGAAGGAGCUGCGGCUAUACUCCAAGCUCCUCCAGGUUUUCAGAGCUUUUCAGCUUGUAACAGCCUGAAGCCUAAUUGACAUUUCUCUGUCAACUCCACACGGGAGAGAAGCACACGCACUGACUGAGACGUUUUGCCUUUGGACUUCUUCGUCACCUGAGGAGUGUUGCAAAGUAACUCCCCGCCAGAACAACAGAGGAUGUAGCGCUGUUCUGGGGAAUCCUGUCAUGUAUCUGGUCCAUGAUAGGGUAUUUACUAUUGUAUGUAUAUUUUGCUUUUUGCAUUUAAGAAACUUUUUAAUGUGGACAAAUGUAUCCCUCAUCCCAACACAUUCUCACCGCCAAAGCUAAAACUGACGCUGGGUGACCAAGCAUUUGUUUCCAACGCGUUAAGAGUCCCGACACGUCAGAAACCGACACCGACGCUCCGGUAAAAUGCAAAUUUCAUCAGUUUCUGACCUUUAUCCUCUUGCUAUUUAACCUUUCCCUCACCUAGGGUCAGUUUUUGACGCUUUAGGGGUGAGAAUGUGUUGCUCAUUCUCCUCCACUUUUUCACGCGCUGCCACCUCUAAAACCAUGUUUCCUGUCAUUUCCAUCCAUGAAGAUAACGCUUGCUGCACACCUUUACUUCUCCUGUCAUGUGUGAAUAAAUGUUCAUAUUUCCAUGAGGUAUUCUUCAAGCUGCUCCGUGUCUGAUGCUUGAUAUCUUUGGCUCACUUUUUACUUUUUUUGAGGGGGCAAUGGAAGCGGCAUCCUGACCAAUCACAAGCUUGCACUCUCCGCCUCGUUCGACGGACAUUUCGGAAAGAGGGCUUAACUCUGUCCGUCCUGGCGAGCCUGUUGGAGAGCUGUCGCAACGGCGGAUAAUGACGUUGUGCGUCUCUGUAUUGACGCAGGUGGAAAAGCAUAAAUUAGGCUUGAGUGGAGGAUGGGUGGGCGUGGUCAGCUCCAACUUGUUAAAGUGACAGAGCCCUGAAGUGGCUCAUUCUGGAAGGUAAUGAAAUUGACAAGAAUAAAACUGCUGAAGUAGCUUCAUGUGAGAGGGAUUUGAGUAUAAUACUUACUUAACAUGCUUUGUAUAUGUGGCAAGGUGGAGAAACGAGGGCCUGGGUGGAAUUCAAUCCCCAGACUCCCGGGUAAGAGUCAUGCACGCUAACCAGUCAGCCCAAGGGACAUCCCCGUGGCCAAGUAGCCAGGGCGCACGAUCAAUCGAGUCACCGUGACAGGAUGCUCACACUGUCACAUGUAGAACUAGUAUUUUUA